GCAAGCUACUAGCUGCUGGCUGCUUCCUUCUGUCAGUGUACAGUAGCCGGCUUGCGAGCUGUGGGCCGGCCGGUGGCGGUGCUCUCCCGUCUCUAUCCUAUCCAUCAUAGAAUAGAAUAGAUAGAUAGAUAGGCUACUCAGUGCCACUCGAUCAGUAGUGGUAGCAGCUGGCGGCUGGCCUGGGACGACGAUGAGCGCCAAGACCAGAGCUGGGGCCGCCCAUGUACGCCGGCAGCUCGUCGCGGCCGUGGCGGUGACGGUGGCAUGCUUCUACUCCUCGGAGGCGACGCAGCUGCAGGUGGGGUACUACAACGGCAGCUGCCCGGCCGCCGAGAGCCUCAUCGAGACCAUCGUCCACGCCGCCGUCCGCAAGGACGCCGGCAACGGGCCGGGCCUGAUCCGGCUCUUCUUCCACGACUGCUUCGUCAGGGGAUGCGACGCGUCGGUGCUGCUGGACGACCCGACGGGCAGCCCGGGGAACAGGACGGUGGAGAAGACGUCCCCGCCCAACUUCCCUAGCCUGCGCGGGUUCAGCGUGAUCAGCCGCGCGAAGCGCGUGGUGGAGCGGCGGUGCCCCGGGACGGUGUCGUGCGCGGACAUCGUGGCGUUCGCGGCGCGCGACGCGGCGCGCAUCAUGGGCGGCAUCCGGUUCGCGAUGCCGUCGGGGCGGCUGGACGGGCGCGUGUCGAACGCGUCGGAGGCCACGGCCAACCUGCCGCCGGCGUCCUUCAACCUGACGCAGCUCCUGGGCCGCUUCGCGUCCAAGAACCUGAGCGCCGACGACCUGGUGACGCUGUCGGGGGCGCACUCCAUCGGGCGCUCCCACUGCUCGUCCUUCGCGCCCGCCAGGCUGUACCCGCAGCUGGACCCGGCGAUGAACGCCACGCUGGGGGCGCGGCUCAGGGCGCGGUGCCCCGCCGGCGGCGGCGGGCGGCGCGACCGCGUCGUCGACCUCGACUUCGCCACGCCGCUGCAGCUGGACAACCAGUACUACCGCAACGUGGUGACGCACGAGGCCGUGUUCUCGUCGGACCAGGCGCUCGCGGGGCGCAACGACACGGCCGCGCUCGUGGCGCUGUACGCCGCCAACCGCACGCUCUGGUCGCAGCGAUUCGCCGCCGCCAUGGUGAAGAUGGGCAGCAUCGAGGUGCUCACCGGGCCGCCCGGGGAGGUCAGGCUCAAGUGCAACAAGGUCAACUGAUCGGGGGGAUUGGAGUUAGGUGAGGGUCAGCUGCCUGUACUACUAAGCUAGCUAGUAGCAGCAGCGGGAAUCGCGUCAAGUCAAGCCGGCCCAGAGCCAGAGAUUAUUUCACCAUCACUCUCGACGAUAUGCACUUCAUCUGCAUGAUUCAUUCAUGUGUGUACUUAAUUGUACAUGGGAUCACGUACUACCUGCACUUUUUUUUGCCUAGCUUGUAUACUAUUAUUAUUGUUGUUUCUUGAAAAGAAAAAAGUAACAUAUAUACCAAUUGCGCGCAUGACUGUAAGUAUGUAUGAGGCAUACAAUUAAGAGAUGAUGAUUACUGAG